AUGCCCGAUUUCGAUCAUUUCUUCGAUUCCUCCACCAUAGAUAACUCCAGCGUCAACCAAAUGGUGGUCGACUCUGAUCUCACCGCCAUCCCGGGACAAGCAGUCUACCCUAGGACCAAACCCCCACAUCAGACGCAGCCGCUGCCCAAGAAAUUGAAACUUUCGCCGCCGACCGAGUCGGUUGUCCUGGUUGACUCGCAGGAGAACGGCAUCAGACUGGUUCAUUCCUUGAUGGCCUGCGCGGAGGCCGUACAUCAAGAGAAUUUCAAAUUAGCUGAAGCUCUUGUGAAAAAUAUCGGAUUUUUAGCUGUAUCGCAGCCAGGGGCGAUGCGAAAAGUGGCUACCUAUUUCGCUGAAGCCCUGGCCAGGAGAAUUUACAAAUUGUAUCCCAUAAAUCAGCUCGACUCUGCCUUCACCGAUUUGUUGCAAAUGCACUUCUACGAGACCUGCCCCUAUCUCAAAUUAGCACAUUUCACUGCAAAUCAAGCAAUUCUGGAAGCAUUUGCCGGUAAAGAUCGAGUCCAUGGGAUUGAAAAUUAA